ACAUUGAUUUCUUUCGAGAUGGCUGUUCUCAGUUCACGGUAAAGUCAGGUGGAAUGGGAGACGUGUCCACAGUAUAUAAAAGAGCGAUGCUACCGCGGAACGGCUUCUGAACUGGGGCUGAUUUAUUCGUUGGAUUAUUCCUAUUGUUUUUAUACUUAGACAAUACGAAUUAUCCUCGCGAUGGCCCUCAGUCAGACAAGCGUGCUAAAAUUAUACAAUACUGUGAUAGAGGAUGUUAUAUCGGGUGUAAGAGAAUCAUUUAUAGACGAAGGUGUAGAUGAACAAGUACUACAAGAACUCAAGCAAAUAUGGGAAACAAAACUAAUGUCUAGCAAAGCCGUAGAAUUAAAUCCAGAUCCUCCAGAACCUCAGGUCCCUCAAAUAAAUACGCAUAAAGCUGUGCCUGUUAAUAAAGGAGUAAAUGUAGGAAACCAUUUUGUACAACAAACCGGAGGAAAUUCAGCUCCACAGCAAGCACCACAACAACAACAGCAGCAACAACAACCUCCACAGCAACCUCAGCAACAAACGCAAACUCAAACUCAAUGCCAUUCAACUACAACUGGUAUGCAACAACAUACUGGUACGCCAGUGCAACAGUUGGUGACAUCUACAUCGGCAGUACUGGAUCGGCAAGUACCCAUCCAGAUAACUCUGCCACCACAAACCGGUGUUCCAGAUGCUCCGCAAAGGGUUUUGACUAUUCAGGUUCCUGCAUCUGCAAUUCAGGGCAAUCAGUUGCAUACAAUCUUGACGGGUCCAGUUAUCUCGGCAGCAAUGGGAUUGCCAGCAAAUUUGGCUUCUACAUUGCUUCAACAGCACGUUAAUUCUACGCUUCAGGGCCAAGCAACGCUAGCACCUCUCCAAGUUAGUCAGCCGCUUCAGGUUGUUACACAAACCACAAAUAAUGUCUCUCAACGACCUGUCCAAAAUCAGAAUAAUAUAGCACAAUUAGAUGGUCAACUCGGAGAUUCAUCUGACGAUGACGAAGAAGAAGAGGAAGAAGAUAACGAAGAUGAAGAAGAAGACCUCGAUGAUAAGGAAGAAGAAGAAAAUGACGAAGCUGCUGCAAGAGAAGAGGAACCAUUGAAUUCUGAAGAUGAUGUAACAGAUGAUGACCCAGCAGAUCUUUUUGAUACUGAUAAUGUAGUCGUUUGUCAAUACGACAAGAUAACAAGGAGUAGAAACAAAUGGAAAUUCUACCUCAAAGACGGCAUAAUGAACCUCAGUGGUAAGGACUACGUGUUUCAAAAAAUGAACGGCGACGCGGAAUGGUAAAAAAAAAAAAUAAUAUAUGAAACUACGAAAAUCGACCUUGAUAAUGUGUUCACGUGAAAUUGGUAUACAAAUUUUUCACUAGAUUUGUGCUCCGAGCAAAAGUUUAAAAUUUCUUUUGGUGUGGAAGUAAUUUUUUAAGAUUAAGAAGGAAGUUCUCUAUUAUUUAAAAAUUGUUUCUGAUAGACACGAAUAGAAUUCUUAUUCCUUUUGAGACAAGUAUGUAUUGGAACCUUGAUUAUUCGUAUUAAUAGAAAAAUGAUAUACUGCCUCUAUUUAUAAAUACAAAUUCUAUUUAUAAUUAAAGUGUAAAUGAUUUUUACAUUAUAUUUAUUUUUAUUGGAUAAACAUUGGUAGCGAUUAUUAAAUUUAAAUUGAAAAGGAAUGCGUAACUUGAACAUAUUAAAUCAAAUCAAAAUGUAUAAAUAUAUCUCCGAAGGAUCAAGAUUUCAAUGCAUAAUUAAAAGCUCAAGAAUCAAGCGAAUGCUAAACUAUAUUUUGAGGAGUCCCAACGGGUGUAGGGGGGAGGUUUUUCACGUGAGUUUAAUGUGUAAAUAGAUUCUAAGGGAUUGCAAUCUACCACACGUAUGUGAUGCUCUUGAAAAUAAAUGUGUCUUAUACUGUUAAAA